UCUGUAGACCAUCUUUGCUUUCGCCGAGUGUGUGACAGUAUUAGUAGCGCAUGGGAUUUCCAGAAAGAAGCUCAAGGAAUUACUAAAAUGAAGCGAAGGGAUUUUGGAUUAUUGAUUCUUCUGCUCCUUUUUAACUUGCAUAUCUCGUUUUCCUCUGGAAAACUUGAUGGACAGUGUAUUUCCAAAGGUGGUCGGUUUCCACCAUUUUCAACUGAAGGAAAACCUCCAAAAAAGGUAAGCAAGGGCUCCAAAGAUUUGACCCUCUGUAGGGUGUUUCGCCAAAAGACUUGCUGUGAUGUUGCUCAGACACAUCCUGCUUUGCUGUCCAUUAGGAGACUGGCUUCAACUGGGGAGGCAAGCCAAGAAUGCUUGCAAUUAUGGGAAUUAUUGGAAUGUUCCAUCUGUGACCCCAAGAUUGGCGUUCAGCCUGGACUUCCUCUCAUAUGCACUUCUUUUUGUGAUAGAGUUUAUCAAGCUUGUGCUGAUGCUUACUUCUCCAUGGAUGCAAAAACACAGGUUGUAGCACCAUGUGGAGUGAAUGACUUUGUUUGUGGUAAAGCUUCUCAAUGGGUCUCCAAUGGUACAGAGCUCUGCCUUUCUGCUGGUUUCACUGUUAAAUCAUAUGAAGCUGCAGAAGGUGGUACAGAAGAGGCAUCUUGCUAUGGUGGUAGAGCCAGUCUUGAUUCUAUUGCUGAGUCAUGGAGGCCUUCUCAUUCUGAGUUGCCUCAAGAAGCUGGGAACUCAUGGAAUUUAAAAUAUUUUCAGCAGCGGAUACAGGAAAUCUCUUUUAGUGAAAAAGUUUCUUGGGCAGUAGGGGGGAUGGUUCUCACUGCAGGGUUGUUGUUUUUAAGCAAAAGGAAAAGUUAUAGCCAGCGCCAGAGGCUAGCAGCUAUUCAACGAACAGCAAGGAAGCUGGAAGGCAAGAUGAACAACAAAUAUUCUGAUAUUCAAGGGAAUAGGAAAGGAAAUCGAAGAUGAAUGCCUUUUUGAAUCUCUAGUUCCAGACGAACAGAUGUUAGUUCUGGUAUCUACCAAGGUCUUCAUGGCUACACAACAUGUGUUGACUAUCGACUCUGCUCGGGACAUGGAAAAGAGAAACAAAAGGUGAUGUGCAUGUGGCAUUGUGCAAGAAUAUGGUGAACAUAAGAGUUUUGUAUCAAAGAUUUUCCUUGAUGUGAGAUAAAGGAGCUCUUUUCCUACCUUUUUGAAGAAUUUGCUUACCUGAGCUUAGGAUUUCUGAUUAUUUAUGUUAGAAACUACAUUAACUUUUUCAGUACUUUUGUCAAUGUUUUAUAUUUGGAUCAACAUUGAAGUCCAAUCAGUGUCACAAUCCUCAUCCCUCAAUGGUAGGCUGCAGCUUGGUUUCGUA